AUGUUUGAGCUAUGGAUCACUGAAAAACCAGUAGUACUUGAGUUUAUAAAAAAGAGCGACUUUAUGUCGUGUGAAGGUGAAACACACGGUGUACCAGCACUUGUUCCCAUGCGUCUACAAUCAUCACAUCGAACAGCACAUACGAACAGUGAUGUACCACAAGUACCAUUGUUAGUGACCGGAAAAUGGCGAGUAUCAACAAUGAUCGGUUCAGGUAGUUUUGGACACAUAUAUGAAGCGGACGAUAUUCAAACAAAUGAACAAGUGGCAGUGAAGUUUGAAUCAAACACAUUGCAGUAUCCACAAUUAAUGUAUGAAGCGAGAGUAUUGAGAUUAGUAGCCGGGACUGGAAUACCAAAAGUAUUUUGGUAUGGCGAAACCGAUGAAUAUAAUGUUUUGGUUAUGGAAAAAUUAGGACCAAGCAUCGAAGAUCUUCUGUGCUAUUGUCGACGAUCAUUUUCACUAAAAACUAUACUGUUACUUGCUGAACAAAUGCUUAAAAGAUUACAACAUAUUCAUUCUCAUUAUUUUCUUCAUCGAGAUCUAAAACCAGAUAAUUUUUUGAUGGGUGUUUAUUCUUGGUCACAUCGUUUGUAUUUGAUCGAUUUUGGACUAUCAAAAAGGUACAUGGACACUAAAACAAGACGCCAUAUUCUCUAUCGUGAAGGAAAAGGUUUAACGGGCACGCCACGAUAUGCUUCGAUUAAUAGUCAUCUAGGCAAAGAACAAUCGAGAAGAGAUGAUUUAGAAGCAUUAGGCUAUGUACUUGUCUAUUUACAUGAAGGACGUCUUCCGUGGCAAGGAUUGAAAGCAGCUGGUAAAAGUCAAAAAUAUGAAAAAAUUUGUGAACGUAAAUUACACACACCUCCCGAUCAAUUAUGCAUGAAUAUGUCAGACGAAUUUUUAACUUACUUAAAUUAUUGUCGAAAAUUAGAAUUUAAUGAAGAACCAAAUCAUCAAUAUCUUUUAGAAUUAUUUAAUGAUCUUUUUGUAAAACAUUCUUAUGUUCGAGAUUAUGUGUACGAUUGGAAUUUAAUUCGAUUUCGACGAGAAAACAUGGCUAUAACAACAAAUGCAGAACAAUCAAAACCCAUUGUCAAUUUACAACAGCAACAACAUCACGGAACAACAAUAAAACGGUGGAAAUCAGUUACUAAACAAAUGAUGACGAAUUCUGAUACGCGAUAUCAUUAUGAACAACCAUAA